AAGUAUGGAUGCGCUAUUUGAUCCCCUGAUGUCAGUCAGUGAAGAUGAAAAUACUGUUUCCGCUAUUGAUCAUUCUCGUUUCGGUGUUCUGCUACGCACAGGAUCUAAAAUGCGUUUCGGACUCGCCGUAUUACAUGCCGAAGUUCUCGGCUAAUUGGUUCAGAGCGACCGAAUAUUGCAACUCGUUGGGAAUGCGUCUAGCGGUGAUCACCAACAAGGAGGCUAACACACGAGCAAUCCUUGCGCUGGAGACCGAAGAGAAAAAGUUGAAUACAUCUUUAACGGAAGUCUGGCUAGGCGGAAGUGACCUCGCGACCGAGGGAGAAUUCUAUUGGCAACCCACCGGGACAAAGUUCGAGUACAGUUUUUGGAUGAUAGGCGAACCUAACAAUGAAAACGUUGAAAAUUGUCUUCAGUUCCGGUACCGAGCUUCGGACGGUUGGGGUUGGAAUGACAAGAAUUGCUCUCUCGAAAGAGUUUUUAUGUGCGAAAAUACAGAACCGAAGCGGGUUGUCGUAGUGUUUUGAACAAUGGAAAUAUAUUGUGUAGUUGUUGUUCUUUGAAA